UUGAGAGUACAGUGUUUGUACUCAGCAUUGAGAGUAUAGCUCUUUCAAUAAUAUUAAAUAUUAACCUUGGAUUUACUUGCAGUUUUUUUUUUUUGAAAACAGUGUUCUCAAUCUUAGAUGUUUUUAAAAGUGAGUUUUUUGUUUUUUAACCCAAGCCCUCCAUGGUUUAAGGUAGAUUGGAUUGAAGUUUUUAAUGUCUAGUCUAGUAAUUCAUGACAUUUUGAAGAGUUCUCUCAAGUGUAUUGAUUUGUUAAUUUUGUAAAUUUGAUAUACUUGUUCAGCUUGAAUUUAAUGAUGUGAUAAUGCAUAGCUAUACAUUUAUUUAGGCCCUGUAUACUUACUAGCAUACUCUUAAGUGUAAGAGAAAAGAUAAAGAUGAAUUUAAAAAGUCCCUGCGCCUGCCGGCUUGUGACCUCGCGGGGCCGCCUCCGCAGGUCCGCUGCGAUGCCCGUCGCGGUGGAGGACAUCAUGAGGCUCCUGUGCUCCGUCUCUGAGGAGAGGAAAAUGUGGGUGGCCGUCAGGCACUCCGGGAGGGGCGGCCUGGUCACAGGGGCCGUGGCCUUCAUUGGUGGUUUGGGACUAGCCGUUGGGGGGGCCGUCGGGGAUUUGUUAGGCACUUGGAUGACAAGUGGACAGUUUAAGCGAGUUCCUCAGAUCAUAAUGGAGCUGCCACCUGCCGAGCAGCAGAAGCUCUUUAACGAAGCCACUGCCAUCGUCAGGCGCCUGGAAUGGACGGACGCCGUGCAGCUGACCAUGCUGGUCAUGGGCAGUGAGGCCCUGCAGCAGCAGCUGCUGGUGAUGCUGGCCAACUAUGUCACCAAGGAGCUCUGGGUGGAAGUGCAGUGCGACAACUAGGCCUCUGCUCCGGGAAGUGGGGUCCAUUUAGAUGAUUCCCCCCAACUCAUGGAAGGUGACUGGGGAGCUGCAGGAAGCCCCACAUCAUCAGAACAUUACCCUAAACUGUAGCGAAGUCUCCUGCUGGAGAGGCUGGGGCUAUGCUAUAUCAUGUUCUGGAAAUUAUUUGAGAAGAUGUCGUGUUUUGUGGCCGUGUGCACCUCUGUGCCCUGACAACCCUUCAACUGGGAAGCUGGUGAACAGUAAAGCCGGGACUGCUGCCACGUAGUGGCAGUUUUCUGAAUCUACUCUGCUCACACCAGAGCUGGAAGGUCUUCACGUUCAGCCUUCUCAUCUCAUCAUGUGAAGAUGAUGCCUGUCCAGGCAGCCGUUGCCCGACCAGCCCGACCUUGGGACCUUGGGGUUGUCCCCUGCUGGAAUCAAGUUUACCUCUUGAACGCCCCUUCCCCACCCAGUGACUUCUGAGUGGCCUCAGGGAGGGGGCAGUUGGCCUGCUGAGUGAAGCCACAAGCGUCAGUGGCACCCAGCCCCUCCCCCAGUAGCUGCCCGACUGGGCUCUUGCCCUCCCAGGGGCUUGCUUUCCCCAUCUGAAAAGUCAUAGUAGUUCUUGAGUGAUGUUUUUUAAAUUAAAUAUUUUCAGUAAAAUUAUUGCUCUUUCUGACGUGGUAGAAUUAUAAACUAUCUCUAAGAAAUGUGUCCACCCUAAAUUUCCCCUAAUACUGUUUUUGCUUUGCUUUCAGAACCACAACUUGACUUCGUGUCAUCAUACUACAAUAAAUGUUUUCUGAACAACAACAAAAAGAUGAAUAAAAAAAUAAAAGAUGAAAAAUAUGUCCAAGUUAAGGGACGCUUACAUGUUAGACACUGUGUUGUUAAAUGCCUUAGGUUAAUCUCUUGUUGAUUCCUACAAUCCUUAAAGUAUUAAAAAUAUAAUAGUGAAUACUUAAUUUUGCUCCUUCUAUGGGCCAGCCUCUGUUCUUAGCUCUUUGUUUAUAUUCAUUUAUUCUUUACAGCAACCUGAUCUGAUGAGAUGUAGGUUAUUCUUGUUUUAGAGGAACAGAGGUGAAGGAACUUACCCUGACUCACACAGCUAAUAUGAGGCAGAGUUGGGCGUCAGUCCCUGUGGGGCUGCAUGCUUAACCACUAUAGUGCUUCUGGUUGUAGGAAGAUAUUAUGAAAUAGAUGCUGUUUUCAUUUUAGAGAUGGGAAAUUGAAGCUUAGAGAUAUUAAGCAGCAUAUCCAAGGUUACACAAAUACAGUGACAACCAAGUUCCAAAUUCUAAGUCUAUCUUAUUUCAAAAGGGGGAGAUUACUUCUGUCUAGGAGGAUCAGGCAAGCUUAAUUUGAAGAUAUAGUUUGAUCCAGGCCUUGAAUGAAUUACUGUCAGCAUGAAUGUGGGAAACUGGUGCCUGUUGGGAAACAUUGAGUAGUCAGGUUUAGCAAAGUAUGCAGGGAUUUAAUGGCAGAAGUAAAGCUGGAAAGGUAAGUGGGGCUAGAUCCUGGAGAACCUU